AUAAAAAUUAAGUACAAAGAAAGAACAAAAUAUUUAAACGACAAAACUUUCACCAUAUUCUCUAAUCAACCAGAGACGCACACCACAGAGCUACCUGAAGGUGUUAAUUUUAAACUAUUGAGAGACGUCAUGAAAAGACAAAGCCCUCCGGGUCAUAUUUUAGAAAGAAGAAGAUAGAAGAGGAGCAUAAACGAGAAAAAGACAGAUGCGCUUCUGAAAUAUUUUCCUUCCACCUCUGUACAUCCCGGGCCAUCUUUUACAGCCACCUUAUCCACAUCCGCACAAAGUCCAAGGCCACCAAGUCCAGUACCUACCCAUACACAAACUGCUAGUGGAGAAAGAAGUACAGUACAGGCAGUCUGCGUGUGUGCGCGAAAUGGGUGUGCAAGUGUGUGUGUCUCUCUCUCUGGUGAUCCAUUGUGCUUCCAAUCUGUGAGGGAGAACACACGAGAUGCAAAGCCAGAGCAGACUGUUGAAGUCCACCAGAAGACCUCUGUAUAAACUUCUCCAAGUCCCUUUCUCCUCAACCUCAUUACUUGGGAUCCAGCUUCAACAUCUCAUAUCAAGCAUCAACUUGGAAAGUUGAAUUGUUCUGAGGAAGGAGGAGAUCAGCGGGAAAGUGGCCAUGAACGCCACCACCUUCAACCGCACGGACGUCAGCUUGUUCAACAGGACGGAGGGCAUCCUUUGCUGCAACCUGUCAUCGGUGGUGACCGACGAAGGCUUGGCGGCCGCCUCCCCGGAUGAAAGAAGCCUGUUCGUCAUGCGGGUGGUGCAGAUUGCCGUCAUGUGCGUGCUGUCUCUCACUGUGGUCUUUGGCAUCUUCUUCCUGGGCUGCAACCUGCUCAUCAAGUCUGAGGGCAUGAUCAACUUCUUGGUGACUGAUAGAAGGCCGUCUAAAGAAGCCGAGGCGGUCAUUGUUGGAGCUUAUUGAACUCAACACCUGUGUGGUGGGAGAUGGGACUUGUGUCCAUGCACAAUGAGAUUUACCCAGAAGGUAAAUUCUGGGCACUUCUAUAGGUCCUUAUUUUGUGGAAGAGGCCGAUUUGUUUAUACAGUAUUCAAUGUUGUAAUGUCACUAUAGUUGCAGUCCUUGUAUCAUUUGAUAUGAACCAUCUGUAAAUAUGUACUGUAUGUGUUUUUGCAUACAAUGAGCACAAGCGUGUGUGUUUGUAUGUGAGAGAGAGCGUUGCGUCUGAUUAAUUGGAAA